CUGUGCCCUGCUGUUCCUGGAAGCCACGGGAGGUUUUUUGGGAAUGUUGCACAGGGAAUUUCAGUACAAAUCUGUUGUUUCUCCUUGCAGGUGAGGCCAAAAUUCUGGAGUUUUUAAUGAUUCCUGCGUGGUUCCAGCCCGAGGUCCUUCCUUUCAGCUGCAGCUCACUGGAGGUCUGAAUUUUGUGUUUUCCCUCCUCCCAAACUUCCUCUCUCCCGUUUUCCCGCUGGAUCCCUGCCCAUGGAUCCCUGGAGCGCCGGCAGCACAGGGAUGCUCCCUGCUGGGUGCCGGCAUCCCCAGGACCUGCUCCCUGAUCCCGGAGGAUCCUGCAGCCCUCGGGAAGAGCUGGAAAAGCCACCAGAGCCAUGGAAAACUCGGCAGGAGCGCGGUCUGGCACUGGAGCCAUCCAUCCCUCCUGCCUGGGCAGGAUCCUGUGGGAAUGGGAGCUCUGGAAGCCUCUCAGCAGAGGGAAUUCCUUCCUUCCUUCCUUCCUUCCUUCCUUCCUUCCUUCCUUCCUUCCUUCCUUCCUUCCGGGAGCUGGGCCCUGGCACAGCUCCCUGGGCUGCUCAUCCCUCCAGCCUCUCCUUCCCAAAAAACCACUCCAGGAUGCUGGGAGAGGGUUUGGGAUGGGAUUCCCAGGGGUUGUCCUCACCCACGGCGCAGGAAAAUCCAUGGAUGGGGGAGGGAUUGGUGGUGGCAGCUCCUCUCCGGGAGAGCUUUGCCCUGUGCCAUGGACUGCCGGGAAACCAAUCCCGGAGCCUGCUGGAAGUGCUGGAAAACAGGGAAUGUUUGAUUUCGGUGUUUAUGGAGCGGCAGCAGGAGGGAAGGGCCGGGCUUUGGGAUCUGAUUGGGAAAAGUGGGAUAAUUCCUGGAUCAAACCCAGGCUGCCUCGUGCAAUACCAACCCGUAACACCGGGAAUUCCAGGAAUAAUCGUUCCCGCUCUGCCUCCCCCGCGGGAGCUCCCUGGAGCGGGGCGGAUUUGGGAUGCGGGGAUUUUUCCCCGCAGCUCCUCCCUCGCUCCCCGCACGGGCCGUGGCUCCUGGAGCAGGAAUUCUCCGCUCCCAGCCUGGAAUAAUGGCCCGUCCUGGUCUCCUCAGAAACCGCGGCUCCGCAUCCGCGCAUCCUUCGGAGCCUCGCUCCUGCUCCCGCGGCUUCUCCCGGCCGCGAUUCUCUGGAAUUUCUCCAAACCGGCAACUUUAGUUGGGGAUUUCUUUGUGUCACCUCAAAGGGAUUUUAACAAUUCCUGUGUCUCCUUCCUCCAGCAAACCCGAAUCCUUCGGGAAUAUUUUUAAUUCCCCACAUCUCCCCCUCCCUCCCCUCCCCAAUCCGAGCGUCGCUCCUGUUAUUUCCUGGAAACGCGGAAUUUCCCAGAGCUUUCCCAAACUUUCGGGGCUCCGUGAGGAAAAGUCUCCUCGUGGAUCGCGGAAGCUUCGUGGAUUUUGGAAGCAGCUCCUGGCGGGAUGUGGGAGCUCAUCCUGAAACUCCGCCAGCAGCCGGCGGAGCUCUCCCAGAGCUGCGGAGAAGGGAUUUAUUUCGGGAAUGUGGGAGCACAAACCCUGCUGCCAGGCAAGGCCUGUCCUGGGAGGCUGGGAAGGAAUUUUUGGAGCUGGCCUGGUGCUCUGGAUUCGGGGAGUUUGGGGGGAAAGUGAAGGGAAGGGAAGUGGCUUUUUUUGGUCUUUUCUGGAGGAGGGAAUGUGCCAAUGGAAGUGGGAGAUGGAAGUCUGGAUGUCUGGGAAGGGGAGGAGGUUGGGAAUGUCCCAAAAAUAGGAGCCUGAAAUUCGGAUAUCCGGGAAGGGGAGGAGGUUGGGAAUACCCAGGAGCUGGGAAUGCCCACAUCGGUGGGAGACCGGAGUUUGGAUGUCUGGGGCAGGGGAGCAACUUGGGAAUACCCAUCAGCUGGGAAUACCCACAUCACUGGGAGCCUGCAAGUCCAGGUCCUGGACCCCUUUCCCAGUUCCUGGAAGGAGCCGGAUUCGGUCCAGGAUCGUGGCCAUCCCUCAUUCCCAACCCUGCGCGUUUAUUUUCCUUCUCCCUGCGGACACUUCCAGAAAAAACUCCAGCCCUG